UUAUCAUCCCUCUUCUGUUACUUCUGUUUCCUUUUUGAAAAUUUCGCUUUCUUUUAUUUCUUCUUCCCGGAAAAUGGCUGCCUCGUCUUCCAGAACAAGAUCAAGCGGACCAGUGCUUCGCUCGCUCUCACCCUCUGGAAGAUUCUGCUCUUACUCCACCUCAAACAUUCCCUUUUCUUCACCAUCAUAUGCUUUCGCUUCUUCUUCAGGCUCCAGUUUCUCAUCUCCCUGUUCCACUUUCUUCACGGAACCCCAACACCAUCACCAUCACACGCAUCAUCGCUCCGCUUCUCCUACGCAGGUCAAUUUGUAUAGCUCUACGCCACCGUCUUCCGCCGUCAAAUUCUCAAUUGAUCGACGCUCCGUCUCUCCCAAUCGAUCCAUCUCCAACCAUGUCAUCGGUAGGAAGAACCAUCCCAUCUCUUUCCAGAAGAAGACCUGUAUGUGCGCGCCAACGUCACAUCCUGGUUCGUUUAGAUGCAGCCUUCAUAGGAAUAUGCCGAAUCAUAACAGCAGCAAUCACGCCUACUCAUACCCCUCCAAUCGGCUGAACAUGCGCAGAUCGGCGAUGAAGAACUCCUUGGUGAGAAUAGGAGGGGUUGAAGGUGAGUGGGUUAAGAGAGCACUGACCGCUUUGAUUCGACCUUCGUCUCAUCAGCUUAGGAGGAGAGCGGCGUUCGAGCCCCGGCCCAGUCGUCUUUCGAUCAUGUCCAAGGCAGAGGAUAUCUGAUAUUCACCUUGACAGGUUUACUCGUGUUUUUCUGCAUUGAGGUACGCCGCCAGAGAUGGAAUUCUGCGAAGCUGUUAAGAUGGCGAGAGAUUUGCAGCGCGUCCCCUCCGGCGAGUUUUGCUUUCGUCGUCUGGAGCAUUGUCGGUUCAAGUCAACGUUCGGGGUCGUUGCCGGAAUCCGUGAAAGGUUCCGUAGUAGAACUUUGAGCCUGGACCCAGAUAGAUCCUUUAUGUACAUACCAUUAGCUAUGGAAGGAGUUUAAUGGACUCUAUAUUUUCCCUAAAUCAUAAUUCGAAUAAAACAUAAGUCGCAUAUCGGUUAACUUGGGAUCAAUUUUUCGACCCCAAUAAUUAAAACUGAAACCUAGAAAGAUUUUUGGUAUGAUAAGAUUAUAAACUUCUUUCGUGAAUGGCGUGAUCCAUCCCGUUAUUUUUUGCAGCAUAGCGGUUCGGUUAUGUUUGCCGUUCUAUCUGGUGGCGCUGUUGCCGGUAUUCCGUGUCGCCAUUGACUCUCCGUCGCGUUCUGGUGCUCUUUAGCUAGAGGGUGCUGCGGCUGGAGAUGGGCUUCGUGUUUGCCACGGGAGAUGGAUUCCAUCUGUUGGUCACCUUGAAGGCGACAUCUUACAACUUAGCUUUAAAAAAAUGUGUAAAGAACGAAAUCAAAUCAAAGAUUAUUAGGGGAUCGAAUUAAUGAUGGAAUCACGGCAAAAUGAAGAAAAGAAGUGUAAUGUAAUGAUUUAAAAUGUAAAUUGGCCCUUCAGGGAAAAGGAAUUCAAACUCGGGAGG